ACUCAGGCUGACACUGAGAAGAAGAAGAAGAUAAUCCUCCAGCAGGUAAUCAUCAACUUUUAAAUCAGCAUCACCUCCACCAUGAAGACGCUGAUUCUGUCUGCACUUCUUUGUGCCGUGAUCACGCUGACCAGAGCUGCUGCUCUUUCAGAAGCAAAGGAUGAAGGUGGGGAAGUGGCAAUAAUUCAAGAAGGAGAGCAUCAUAUCUUGGAGAGGUCAACAUCUUGUCCCAGUGGUUGGACUAAGAUCAGCGGUCGCUGUUUUCUCUUUGUUCCACGAACCAUGACUUGGGCUCAGGCUGAGAGAAACUGUCUCUCCUUAGGUGCAAACCUUGCAUCCGUACGUGGAGCUGAGGAGUAUCACGGGAUUAAAAGGCUGGUAGCAGAUAAAACUCAUGGGAAUUCACAGACUUGGCUCGGAGGCUCUGACAGUGAAGAGGAGCGUGUCUGGUUCUGGAGUGAUGGUACACCUUUCACCUUUUCAUACUGGUGCAGGGGAGAGCCAAAUAACGAUGGAUAUCAGCACUGUUUACAAAUGAACUAUGGAGGUGACAAAUGCUGGGAUGAUACAAAGUGUCACUACCACCUUCAAUCUGUCUGUGUAAAGAAAACCACCUGAUUCAUGGGCUGACACAGAGGCAUGAAGCACCUGGAAAAAUCUAAAACAUGGGUGGAUAUUUUCUCUCUCUUCAUGCCAUCAGUCUCAUGUGUACACUGAAGGCUCUAUAUCUCAUUUCAUGUCUUUAUGUUCUUCUCUAUCGCUGUAACGCUACUUAAAAAACUAAGUGACAAGUGAAUUAAGAAGAUCUGGAUCGUCUCAGAGGUCAGCAGACUGAAUGUGUUAUGAAAGAAUGCUUUUAGCACAAACUUAUUCUGCAGAGUGAACUGUUCUUUCUUGUCU